GAGAAGGACGGUGGUUGGCUGGAGCAGUACACAAGUCUGGGGUGGCAGCACAGCCAGGCGCUGCGCACUCUCAGGUCGUCGAACGCCCGCCAAGGCUCCAGGGACGUCAUGCCUGAGGUGCUCGCCUCCUUCAAGUCCAACGAGACGCAACUCUCCAAGGACGAGCUGGAGUCGCUGCUGAUGGAGGUGGUGUACACGAUACGCCACAAGGUGGGCAUGACGACGCAGGGCUGCGACGGCCAGCACAUGACCGACCAACUCACACGCUUUGCUCAGCAGGCCUUCCCUCUGGACCCUUCCACCCACGCGCGCCUCAUGCAGGCUGUCAGGGAGGAGAAGUCGCCGAUCUUGGUGCUGAAUGUGAUUGUCGUGGAAGCAGAAGGUCUGGAGGCCAAGGAUCCCAACGGUUUCAGCGACCCCUACUGCAUGCUGGGCAUCCAGCCUGCAGUGAACGCCCUGCCCCCGCCCAGCCCCCAGCCCCCCACCGCUUCCCCCCCAGCGCUUGACUCCCCCAAACUGCGCUCACAGUGGUCGCGGUCGUCGCAGGAGACGGAGACCGAGGGCAGUGACGGGGGCGACAGCCCGCGCUGUGCCGGCAAGGACAGCCUGCGUAAGCACCACAGUUUCCGUAUCAGCUUCAAGCGGCGCGGUGGUUCGAACGAACUGGCACGCCGCGACCACCGGGACUCGCUCACUAACGUCAUACCGGUCAAGAUCAUCCGUGCUACGGGCGUCAAGCCCCACACCCUCAACCCCAGAUGGGCUGAGAAGUUCAGGCUCGAUAUCGACAGCAUCAACACUGACAUUCUCCACCUGGAUAUAUGGGAUCACGACGACGAGUCUAGCGUGCUGGACGUGGUGAGCAAACUGAACGAGGUGAAGGGAGUCAAAGGCCUCGGCCGCUUCUUCAAACAGAUCGCGCAGUCAGCGCGGUCCGGGGGCGAGGACGACUUCCUGGGAUGUGUGAACAUCCCUCUUGCUGAUAUCCCUAGCACGGGAGUGGAUCGCUGGUACAAACUGGAGGCGCGGUCCCAGCGAUCCAACAUCCAGGGCCAGAUCCACCUCAAGAUGUGGCUCAGCACCAGGGAGGACAGAGGCACGUCUGAGGAGGAGGUGUGGAGAGAAGUGCAGCAGCACGAGCAGAUCGUCACCGUCUUCGUUCUACACGAGCUGUCCAAGUGGAAGGACGACUCCCUGGGCUGGGACGGCUCCCUCGCCCCCCCGGCAGAGACCAUCCUGCACCAGCACGCUCUGCAGGGCGACCUCACCCGCCUGCAGCAGGCCGUGUGCCGCUUCAUGGCCUAUACACGCGUCCACAGGUCGCGCCCGCUGGACCACAGAAUCCUGCUACGCCUCCUGACGUCCCUACACGAGCUGUGGGACGACGAGGCGCUCAGCAAGGAGGAGGCACUGCGCAAAAGCAAGAUUAGCACUAUGCCUGAGUUUGGUGGAGACUUCAUUUAUGACAGUUAUCGGUACGCGUACCGGACAAAGAAGGCAGGACUGGUCAGUGUCCAGCGCAACACUUCCACGGACUCUAACACGUCGUGUAACAACAGCACGAUCAGCCAGUACGGGGGCAGUACGAACAGCAUAGGUGACAGCAUCAGGGCUCUCAGCACGGCAUCUGUCACCCCCAUGAGCACCCAUGAAGCCUCGAGAGAAGGUGCCACGUCCCCGUAUGGCCGAGCCCCAGAACAAGGGGCGGGCGUCAGGAAGAACCUGCAUGCUGGAGGCUCCGGUAUGGGGGCUGAGGAGGCCGUCGAGAAGCUGGCGAGGAUGACCCUUCAGCUCAGCCUCGACCUGCAGAAUGGCAUCGACUACUACGAACAUUCCUUCGAAAAAUCCCUGCGCAUCCCGUACGUCAACACCCUCUACCGCAUCUGGGAAAAGCAGCUAACGGAAAACACCUUGAGGAUCCUCAGUGAAUAUCAGCGGGGAGAAAAUCUGGAGGUGAGCGAAGCGGCCGUGUGGAACCAGUGCGCCAUCCUGACGGAAAUGGAGCUGAGCCGCGAGCCGGAGCCGCUGCCCACCUCCUGCUCCCCGGCGCCCUUCAUCCUCUACCUCGCGCUCGCUGAGUUCUCCAGGUUCCAGGAGCACCUGACGGGGAGCGGUGAGUGCUCGCGCACGACGACGGGCCUGACGCUGGGGUGCGUGUGGCGGCAGUUCAGUCCGUCCGUGAGCUGCUGGCUCGACCACACCUGCUACACCGUCCUCGUCAGGAUACGGCGAGCCAUCCUCACUGACAGGGUCGCUAACACCGGCGAACCUGUGCAGUACACGACGUCGGCGGUGGACGUGACGUCUUGUUUCUACCACGUCAAGACCUUCUGGCGCCACCUCGCCUGGCCAGACCCUUCCUCAGCCUACAACCUCAUCCUGAAGAUCAUACAGCUGAUAUCGCUGGCGGCCGAGUACUACGUAAGCCUGCUGCAGCAGCGGCUCCUGACGCUGCCCAACGACACCGCGGAGGACCAGCGGGCACAGCAGCUCUGCAUCACCGUCAACAACAUGGAGCACGUGCGACACUCCUACACGCUCCUCGAGGAAGAUCUCCAGAUCAACGAGCUGAGCAAGUGCCUAGAAGCGGAAGACCCACAGAACGGACGUGCGUGGGGCGACCAUCUGAUCGCGCUGCUACAGUCCGGCCUCAGCGCCCUCGACGCCAGGAUCGGCGAGUCCAUGUUGCCCGUCAGUGACAAGAUGCGGCAGGAGCUGCAGCGAGACGUGUUCCACUUGGCCUGGUCGCCGGACUCCCUACCGGCGCGGGAGGCCGUACGUCCGCUCCUGGAACACCUCCGCACGGCGCUCACCGUCUACGCCGCCGCCCUCCUCAAGAACAACCUGGACCGCCUCCUGCACCUCCUGUGGCAGGCGGUCCUGCUUGCACUCACGCACCAGAUCACCAAGGACUCCGAGAUUGCUAACAAUCUUCGUGCUUUGUUUUCCCGGUCAUUGUCUCAGGAGACUUCUGAGGAGGAAACUACGGAGAAGCAGAGCGCCUUCUUCCUGCGUCUGUACGACGCGCUGACGCUACUGAAGGAGUUCUUCCACGCGGGAGGGCGCGGUCUCGAGGCUGCGGUGCUCGAGUGUCAGGAAUACGCCAUCGUCGAGACGCAGCUCAGGCUGCACAAGACGACCACCUCAGCACUGAUGGAGCGCUACUACCUGGAGCGUCUGCUGCUGCAGGAGCGCGCGGAGGGCCACCAGUUCGGCAGCCUCUUCGUCAGGGUUUACUUCAACCACGACAGCCUCUGUGUCGAGAUCCUGCAGGCCAGGAACGUCAUCCCUCUUGACCCUAAUGGACUGAGUGACCCGUUCGUGGUAGUGGAGCUUGUGCCCCGACGUUUGUUUCCCACGUGUUGCCCCCAACACACCAACGUUCACAAGCGCACACUCAACCCACUCUUCGACGAAUGCUUCGAAUUCCCAGCAACCCUGCAGAGCUGCCAGGCAGAGGGCGCUAUGAUCGUCUUCACGCUCAUGGACCACGACGUGAUCACCUGUAAUGACUUCGGUGGGGAAGCGUUCCUCUCCCUGAACACAAUCCCCGGUGUUGCCUCCUCCUCGACAGGAGUUGAUACCCUGCACGGCCUCAAGCCCAUCGAGCUCGCGCUCAUGUUCCGCAACGAUCCUGACAACCUCAUCCUGAAGGUGCUGGAGACGCGUGUCAACGACAAGAUAGCUCAGGAGUUCGUCAAGAAACAGAAGCAGCGACUUAUUUCCAAAAUACCGUAAGCUACCGCCUCCCUGGAAAUCCACGCUGCUGACACUCAUAGUCAUGAUCGUGAGAUCGUUGUAUGCGGCGUGACCUCAGGCGUUGUAGUCUAAACAACUCGACGGUUGAGAUAACCGUCUCAUUUUGUGUUCCCUGCGUUGAUGAUACCACUCAUCGAUUAUUUUAAUGCUAAUCUAACUUGACUCUGAAAUUUCUACUGAAACUCUUCUCUGUGUGUCGGCUGUUUGCCAGUCUUUUACAAACUUUGCAUCUAAUAGUUAUGUAUUUAACCCGUUCAAGUUUGGACAGAUUAUAAUAAAACCCUGCAUGUUUACACAGACUACGCUGCAAACCUAUUGCCCAAUACUGUCAUGAAUAACCAUGGCGUUCGUUGAUAUCCCUUGAAUUAAUGGCACUCUAUGAUUCAAAGUACCUUCAAGUAAGCAUUGUAAAUGAAAGUGAUUGAUGAAGUCAUGAAGGUGUUUGACGGUUCAUUUCUUUCGUGAAAUAUGGUAUAGAAAUGUUAUUAGAGAUCUUUCAUUCAUCUUCACAGUUGUGAGCUUAAUAAGAUUUAUCAUCUUGUUAUCUGGUAUAUCACAUCUGGUUUAUGGAAUUCACCAUGAUCGAGGAGAUGCUAUUAAUAAACUUUUACUUGAACUGAUCGUUACUCUGCACGAAUAUUUACUCAGUAAUGAACUAACGCAUGGUUCCUUCUGGAUCACAUUUAAGAGUAGGAAAGUGUCUCUUUAGCGUGGAAGUUGACUCGCGCUCUGUUGCUCUGCUGCAAUUAACUUCGCUAAAACCGUGUCUUUUCUAUACACUAAGAAAUAAUCGCUUGUGAUAUCACAAUGUUUUUACAAUUUUUAGGAAGUAUGUGCAUGUGAUAUCAUAGUUUGUACAUACCUGUCGCCUUCUGAAGCACACAUCACUCGCUCUCGCACGCCUUCUCUCCCGUCCUUCUGCUUUGUGUACGGUCUCUUAACCCUAACAAAAUUUAGAGUCGCCCCAGCUUCUGGUAAUCCAAAUCAGAAGCUGCCGCGUCUGUAAAUUUUCACAGGGUUAGUACUGGAGCGUUUGCUGCGCUCUACUGUUUCUUAUAACAUUUUAUGUGAUCUAACAUAUUUAUCUACUCAUAUCUUGGAAUGUUGCUGAAUACCAAUAAAUAUUUUAAUGUUUUUUAGAGGAAACAAUCUAUCUGUAGACAAACUUGC